CGCCUCCCGUCCCUCGCCGACGCCGAGGCAUUUUGUCCCGCGACGCGCCCCGUCGGCGGCGGGAAAGGGUUAGCCGCGCGGCCGUUCCUCACGCAACCCGGCGCCAUGGCGUUCCGGCGGGUCGUCACCGUCUCGGCCGCCGCGGCCUGCGGCUUGGCCGGCGGCUCCGUCCUCUUCUCCGCCGUGGCGCUCGGGAAACAGCCGCCGACGUCGCCUCAGCAAGGGCCGGAGAAGGCCGGCGGGGACGCCCCGGAGACCCUCGCAGCCUCCCUGACGGGGCCGCCGCCGCCGCCUCCGCCUCCGCCGGGGCUGCUGCUGCUGCCGUCGCCCAACGCCUCGGCCGCGCCCGCCUGGUUGGAGAAGGCCAACGGCUGCGGCUAUUGGGACAACAACUGGGAUAGGAGGGAACCCUUGGCUCUCAUGAACUUGAAGAAGAAAAAUGAAGAGACUGGUGAACAGGAGGUGUCAUCUCGCUUAGCCCACUAUAAAACGAAAGCUACCAGGCACAUAUUCCUCGUACGCCAUUCUCAGUACAAUCUGGAAGGGCAGCAGGAUAAGGACAGAAUCUUAACGAAGCUGGGCCGCGAGCAAGCUGAGCUGACCGGGAAGAGACUUGCAAGCCUGGGGCUGAAAUUUGAUAAAAUUGUCCAUUCUUCAAUGGCCAGAGCUACGGAAACAACCAACAUUAUUAGCAAACAUCUUCCUGGGGUUUGCAAGUUGAGCACGGAUCUCCUGCGCGAAGGAGCUCCCAUUGAACCAAACCCUCCCAGUUCUCACUGGAAGCCUGAAGCUGUGCAGUAUUACGAAGAUGGUGCUCGCAUUGAGGCCGCCUUCCGAAACUACAUUCACAGAGCCGAUAUCAAGCAGGAAGUGGACAGCUAUGAAAUCUUUGUUUGUCAUGCCAACGUUAUUCGCUAUAUUGUCUGCAGGGCAUUGCAAUUUCCUCCGGAAGGUUGGCUUCGGAUAUCCCUCAACAAUGGCAGCAUCACUCACCUGGUGAUUCGUCCCAACGGCAGGGUGGCCCUGCGCCUUCUUGGUGACACGGGGUUUAUGCCGCCAGAGAAGAUCACCCGCAACUGACUCGUGUAAACAGGGAGGGUCUCCAACCAAGAGGACGAAGCUACUUUCCGAUGUGGGCAACACUUCCCCUCAGAAGCUGCAGGCUCCCCCCGACUGGACUGCGUUUGUGUCAGACUGUUUAUUACACGUUAAGAUUUUGCACUAGUAGCGCUCGUGCGAUGUUGACCAUCCAGAGGAUUGGAGGGGGACCCACCUCCUUCGUGGCUUCAAAACAACCCAUGCUGGUGGCCUCUCACCAAAACCUAUCCAAGGAUUUGCUUUUCCCCUUUCCUAUUUUGGGGUGAACCUCCCCCCCCCCCGAAAUACUGCAAAGUCCAGGGAUACAUGUUGGGUCCUGAAAUCAGUGUAAAGCCAAAAGCCACCAGAUCCGGUAAUUCUGAAGAUGAGGGAGAUAAAAUCUUGAAAAUAACGCCUUCUCUUAUUAUGCAGCUCCGAUUAUAUAUAUAUAAAAAAAACUCGGAGGCGGCAUCUGUAGUUAAGAGUUGUCAUCCAAAGCAGUGCUUGAAUGUUAAAGCAUAGAACUGUCUACGCUCUCCUCUCUUCAAGCCCUGUCUAGUUCCUUGGUCUUUUAUUUUGAGACUUUUUUUUUGCUACAAGUGUCUAUUCCUUAAAAAAAAUUAAAUAAACUAAACCCUAAAUAGGAGCCUUUUUUGGCCGUUGAUCAUUGUCACUGGUUACCAUUCAUCACUCGAUUCCAAGUAAAGCCACCGUCAAAUUAGAAGUAAGGACAAGCUAUUCUGUUUCUCCUUCUGUGUGUAUGACCCAGGUGGUCAAGGCAAGCCAGGCCACUAGAGCAGAGGUCUCCAACCUUGGCAACUUUAAGACUUGUGGACUUCAACUCCCAGAAUAGCUUUGCUGGCUGAGGAAUUCUGGGAGUUGAAGUCCACAAGUCUUAAAGUUGUCAAGAUUGGAGAUCUAGAGAUUCCUUUAUUUCUGUCAACAAAUGGUCUGGCCACCGUACCCUGAAGGCAACCACCCUCAGUCCUCCAAAGAGCAUCUAUAGUACAAAGAAAGCCCAUUGAGUAGGAGCACGCUCACAGGGCACGGUCCCAAGUCCAGUCCACAAGACGAGAGCAGUCCUCGGGGCAAAAGAGAAGGUUCCGAAGCAAGAAACCAUCCGCAAGGUCCCAAGACAAAAGGUGAAGAGCAAAUCUUCCAAGCGAGGCAAGGCAUGACUCCAAGGGCCAGGGGGAGUGUAAGCCUAAGCAAGCAAUUGUUCCUGGCAGGGACUUAACUCCCCACGGCUUCUCCUUAACACCCUCCGGGUGUUCCUGGUGAGGAGGGGUGUGGGGUGACCUUCUCCCUAGUAGCCUUGCAGUCCUUCUCUGGGCUCCGCUCUCCGUGCUGUUGGAUCAGUGGAGGAGGCAGCUGUUCCUCAUCAGAAGGGGGAUCCAGUCCACCUGUCUGUGAAGACAGGCAGCUGUCCAUCCAGUCAACCAGCUUCGUCCUCAGGGUUCUCCAAGGUGGCCGGUCCAUCCCUGUCGGGACGGUCCCAGUUCCUCCUCCUCCUCCUCCAAACCGGACUCCGAUGGGUCCAUGAUACUUAUCUACUUCUUAGAGCAAAAUAUAAUUUUUACUGGGGGCCGGGAGGGGAGGAUAAGCCGAAUCCUCAGCCACUUUACUGCCACUUUUAGCUUCAAGUGCUGCUUGUGAAUCUUGUUAUCUUGUGGAACUGGAAUAGCAGGAUGUUGGGGUUAUUCUGUGGUCGGAGAAGACACCGGUGGAUCUCUAUGUCAGAAUCAGUGUGGAAAAUGUAAGUUAUUUCUAUUUGUCUUUUAUCUAUGA